GUAUAAACACGCACGAACUGACAUUUCCUCCUGUAGAAAUAGGAUUGCUUUAUCAACAAGUAGUACUGAUGCACUAAGUGGACGAAUGAGUGAAACGAAAUUAUCUUCAGUCACGAUCAUCAAAUUGAGAAUCAAACGUGGAUUGGCAAGUGAUCGAUAUGACAGCCUCCUAUUGGGCGCAAGUGAAGCUCAACCUCUGGAAAAGUUGGCUUGUGCGAAAACGAAAACCGGUCUUAUGGACGUUUGAAAUUUUGAGUCCAUUGUGUAUGAUGUGCAUCGUGGCUCUAGUGCACUUGGGAUGGGGACCGUCACAACUCAACACCUGCUAUUUUCGUUCCCGUGCCAAUCCCUCGGCUGGAAUGGUACCUUACUUGCAAUCCAGCUUGUGCAACGUGGUUAACCGAUGUCGGCCGGAGGACACCUUUGAGGAUGUUCCAACUUACUUUGGAUCCAAGUUGCCUGAUUUGAUUCAAUAUGGAUCGCCUUUAUUCUAUGAUGAAAAGGUCCAAGCAGGAAUUGAAAGUCUCGAAGUGAUGGUCAAGAUUUUGGACGGAGCCGCUGAAACGUUCAACACCAGUUUUUGGGAAAUCGUGCUGGAGGACGAGUCUCAAGUGCGAGACUGGUUUCAUGACCCCGAAAGGAUCACUGACUUCCUCGAGAACCAAUCCCAAACCAUGGAUGAGGACUUGGCCGAGUUCUUCUUGAACUCAACUCUCAGCCUCUCACAAGUGAUCAGCCAAUUGGAUUUGAGUCAAGUGGAAAACAUUGCUUGUAAUCCGGAAUUGUUGGGAACAUUCAUCAUUUCUCAUGAUGUGUUGGCCCUUCAAGAGUUUGCCAAUGGUUUGUGUGGUCUGUCCGGCGACCAAGUGGUAAACUUCAUUGAAGUGCUUCAUCACAACCUGAACUUUGAAAGUAUCUUAAAGACCAUUGGCCAAAAUGUUGAGCUUCUGUUAAAUUAUGAUGUCUACUCCGGAGUUCGGGAUCUGGCUGCAGUGGAAGGGUCAAUCGUCAAUAUCACCGAUCUGGUGGGUGAAGUGGAACCCAUCUUCCAUUUUGACUAUUGGAUGAGCGAUUUCACCAAGCUUCUCAGAUCCAUCCUCGAAAAGGAAAACCCUUACAAUUGGGAGAUCUUGGAUCGUUGGGCCGAACUCACUCUCGCCAAUUACCUGGAUCCAGCCUUGUACAACGACAUCCUUGUCUAUGUAGUGGAGCUGACCAAUGUUCUCAACGAAGUGGUGGAAGAUGAAUUUCCCAAUAACCCAGGAAAUUUCUCAGUCUCAGCAACGGCAUCUCGUUUGAUAGUAAACGAGGAGGCUACUGGACCUUGGGCAUCGCUGGCCUUGGCCUUGGAACAUUUGAUUAGGAACGUAAUCCAGAAUGGCGUGAAAUGUGGCGAAGGAAAUGGACAACCUUGUCAACCACAGACGACCUUCCACAUCUCAAAGGCCGUCCAAUUCAACCUUCACGGCUCGAUGAAAAACGAAACCACCACUGCUAAGGCCUAUGAUUACCUCGACUAUUUCUUAAACGGCUUGAUCGACGAGUUUGAAAGUGGGACCUCUUUCAUUUUGGGCUGUAUUGCUAGCCUUCAACCCGUCGUUGAUACCUCAAUAAUUACCUACUCAAACCUGUUGGUGCUCGGCGAAUACUUGCGUUACGGAUGGCCGACAAUGACGGAAUGUUUGAACGAAUUUGAGGACUACUUUGAACCGCCAUCCUUUGUUGAUAUCGAGUCUCUUUCGGAGACCAUUUGCUCCUUGAAUGCCCUUAUUCAAGGCGAGAUCCAAUGGGAUUCGGGCAUUGAAGAUCCAUUAAUAGAGACCAUCGUUGAUAUGAUCCAUGGUGAUGUUCCACGUUCGAACACGACCUCGGACGCUCUAGUGGAGAAAAUUGAGCGCAUUAUUUCGGAUGCCCUUGGCUAUCAGUGGCCCUCUUGGAACCCGUACGAAUUUGAUGAGACGCUUACUCGAGCUGAGCAGAAUUGGCAAAAUAUCUCAAUCUAUGACACAUUGGAAAUCACACAAGAUUUACUCAACUUGUUGGAACGCCUACUUGAGGACGAUGAUUUUUUUGUUUACACCAAUGCAACGGUGGCCACUCAAAAUGAGUUCCUAAAAAUAGCCAUGGAAUUCGCCAUUGACGCCCUUGAAAAUAUGGAUCAAGAAUAUAUCUACAUUUCCAUAUCUGAUUUUCUGUUGGGAUUCGCCAGCUUGGACGAGUUUGUGGAAAGUGUGGCCCAAGUUGUGCCCUAUUUGGCUAAUUCGUGGUCGGAUUUGCUCAUUCAAGAUCGAUUUCACGACAUCACCAAUGGUAUUUAUGCUCUCAUUUUGGACCCUGAAUAUAGCAUUUGUGAAGGGAACGCCAGCAUUCGUGACGUUUGGGAAUUUCCCAUAGAGGCCGACCCUUUCAUAGAUGAGUUUGAGGCUGGAAUUUGUGACUUUGACGGAGUAUUGGGUGAACUGAACAAUUCGUCACUUUUUCAAAACCUAGAAGAUAUCUGGUCCUCACCGGAUUAUCAAUUUGAAUGGGCAGAAUUGGGGGCACGAAGUGAAGUAUUCGUGUCCCAAGUGAUCGAGUUGGUGAACGCUUCAGAGAAUCGAACUGUGGUCAUCGACUACGUUGAUGAAGACUUCAAUCGGGCCGUCCUCAAGUUUUUGGAUAAUACGUGGGAAUAUUGGAAGGGUCUGUUUCAUUCAGAAUUUGAUCAAUCGACUGGAAAACCCAACUCGAAUGAAGAUGUGGUGCAUUGCUUGACCAUCAAUUUACCAUGCCUAAACAGCCAAUCUGGAAGGUUUUCCGCCUUUAUCUCAAGACUCAUUAGCGAUUUCGAGGCCCAAACUGGAAUCUUGAGCGCUUUGGAACAAGACGGCGGAUACUUCUACGCCAGAAUUGUGCCACAAAUCGUUAUUACCGGUCCUUUGAGCGAUUUCCUACAGCCCCCCCUCGUUGAAGACGAUUUGAUUGCUAUGCUAAUGGACUCAGGUUUGUCUGAAGAAGCCUCUGAGGCCAUGGGCAAGAGCUUUCUAAACCUGAAUCGGGCAUACUUUGCCUCCCAAAACCCAGGCAUCAUUUCUCAAAGCAUCUACGAAGACAGUCAAAAAUUCGCGAGACUCUUCAAAUUUGCCAACGCCACUUUAUACGAGAGAACGCGAUUGGACAUCGUCCGGUCUAAUCUCACUGAAAUCGCCAGUACGCUUGAACAAUCCAUUUCUGUGGACAAGAUCGUGGCAGGAAUUGAGACGAUGCGUAAGUCGCAAUUUGAGGAUUUCACGUGGAUCAAGCCUUUCGUUGGCCUCUCAGAUGGCAUUGUCAAUGAUGUCAAAGACUUGAUCUUCCACGUCUCGUACCUCGUUAGAACACUCUCUAAUCCCGAAAUGGAGCAAGACAUGGUUCGGGCUUUGCUGCAAAUCCUAAAACAGGAAUCCGUCGGCGAAGUUCUUGAUGGAAUUUUUGGCUUAGUCACCAGUGUAGAAUUGCUCAUUGGCAACACAAAAAUAAGCACCCACAUGGAUGAGAUCCGACAAGUUCUGGAGGAUUUAGAAUUCAUCCAAGCCUUGAGAGGGAUUCAAUUCCAAUUGAAAAUCCAAAGUCUUUUUGACCCAUGGGAUGUUGUGGAAUCGUACUUGGAGCAAGAAUUGAACAUGACCACUCUGAGCGGCGAAUCUCUUGGCGAAUCAUUGUUGGACCUUCCCAAACUUGUUUUCGGGAAUUCCGGCCAUUCCAACAAUACCAUCAUUGACUACGUGUGCGAUCCAACCCUACUAGACGAUUAUCUCAUUCCGCCCAUCGACAUUGACGACCCCCAUUGGGACAUUGCGGACAUCAGUCUGGCCCUUUGUAACGUGACGGCUGGCCAGUCACUCAAUCUUAGUAUUGCCAUGAUCGAGGAAAUUAACAUCGAGGAUUUCCUCCGCGAGUUCUUGUCACUGUCUUUGAACAACAUAUUGGGUCCACAAAACAUCUCGGAAAUAGUUGGCAAGGAGGCGUUGGAUGCGUUCUUUGAGGCAACUACUAUCCUUUCUCGAAAUUACAUGGACGACAUUAAUCAUUUGGCCGACUCUUUCCAAGACCUUUUCAAUGACACAAGCUUAUCUCCAUUGAAUUUGGGCGGAAUUGUGGCUUGCGGUGAUCCUUUGGCAUUUUACAUCAAUCUUGAUAUUCCUGGGAUGAGUGGAGAUGUUGGCGAGGACAACGAAUGGAUUCCUCCUCUGGUGACAGACCAAUGCACGAACUUUCGAAAAGCUCUCUCACAGAUAAACGGAGGGUCGUUCAUCUGGACGGUUAUUGCGAGUUUCUUUCAGGGACAAAUCCUUUACACUCCCUCCAACUGGUUUACGGACAAUCUGGCCAAGGAGAUGAAUAUUUCGUACUAUCAAAAAAUCGAGGCUUUUCAAGAGGGCAUUCGAAUUUUCCUCACAAUCGCCGAUAGAGCAGAAGAAUUAUCCAAGUUCCCGGAAGAUUUCGCUGUCUAUGAUUUCCUCAUUCACUCUCCAGUUUUUAAGGCCCUGGUCUUGAAUUUGUAUCCUACAUUUGAUUUGGAGUUGCUAGAAGACUUGAGUUUGCUCGAAAUUAUAUCCAACCUUGUGGAUUAUGAAAGCAUAUGGACAACCCUUCAAACCGUGAGAUAUGCAGUUGAAUGCUAUCAUUUGGAUCGCUUUGCUUCAGCCUCGUCAGAGGAAGAGUUGGAACGCAUGGCUGUGACCUUGAACAGCAACCAAUCAUUUCAAGCAGGGAUCGUAUUUCUGGACCAAUCCAAUGACGAAGAACAGUUCUUUCUCUCCGAUGCCGAUGUGAGCCCGACUCAUGUCAAGUACAAGAUUAGACUGGGCAAGGGUUCUGUCCCAAGUUCAGCUGUAAUCAAGGCCAAAUUGUGGGUCCCAGGGCCGGAUGACAACUACUUCUUUGAUUUGAAGUACGUAAGGGGAUUCGUUCAGUUGCAAGAUUUGGUAGAUCGAGCCAUCCUCACCACCAUAGCCCAAUUGACCAACUCCACCGAUCUUUCGGACGUCGGGGUAUAUACCCAGCAGUUCCCGUAUCCUUGCUUCGAAAGAGAUAAUUAUCUGAGUGGGCUGUACACUGUUCAGAUUGUGCAGAUUUGCUUGUUUUUGGGUUAUGCAAUCACUUUGGCGUCAUCGGUGCGGUUCCAAGUUUGGGAAAAAGAGUCUCAAAACAUGGAGAUCAUGCAAGUUAUGGGAAUGCGAAGGUCAAUUCCUUGGAUUGUUUGGCUUCUAAUCUCGGGAGCCACUAUGAUCUUCUCCAGUAUUUUGCUGACCAUCCUUUUGAAAUUCAGCGGAAUCUUGCCCCGGACUAACGGAAUUCUGCUCUUUGCUCUUCUAUUCUUUUACGUCUUGUCUCUCCUGGCUUUCUGCAUGGUUUUGGCUUUGGUCAUGAAGACAGCGGUAGUUGCUUCGGUGGUGGCAGUGCUUCUCUAUUUAGUCACUUUUAUUCCAUUCGUGAUCCUUCUCUUGGUGGAAGACCACGCUUUGUGGCCCAAAAUCCUCACUAAUUUGUUCAUGUCCAGUAGCUUCAGUUAUGGAGCACUUUAUCUCACGCGUUACGAACAACAAGCCAUCGGCUUGCAUUGGGACAAUGUUUGGACUUCUCCCAUGGGAAAGCUGGACAACUGGAGCUUCGGAAUAGCUUGCUGUUUUGUCCUCUUAGAUGCAGUCCUCUAUGCGGGUGUGGCUAUAUUUAUUCUUUGGUGGCAAAGGAAAUCAUGGGAUAACCAAAAGGCAGAUCAGGAGAUCCAGAAGCCUUCGCUGUCGAGACAGAAUCCCCUGUCCAGGGUCUACGGGAUGGACGCACAGCAUGAUAAUAAAGUCAUUGGCAUAUCCAUGAAAAAUAUUACCAAAGAUUAUCCCAUGCUCAAGAAUCAAACCAAGCGAGCUGUCAAUAACUUGACCAUGGAUUUGUAUGAGGAUGAAAUCACGGUGCUCUUGGGACACAAUGGAGCAGGAAAAAGCACGACCAUGAAACUUUUGACGGGUAUGGAGACCGUGACAUCGGGAAACAUCGAGAUUUGUGGCUUCUCUUAUCCCGACGAAUGGACCCAAAUCCAGACGAAAAUUGGGUUUUGUCCUCAGCAGUCGGUUCUUUUCCCCGAUUUGAGCACUCGAGAGCAUCUGGUGUUUUAUGCCAAAUUGAAAGGCUUACAUGAUCUCGUCGAAGUGGAAGCAGCCAUUGACGACUUGAUUGGAGCUAUGAAUAUUGGGGCAGCCCAACACGAGCCGGUCAAGAAUUUAUCAGAGGGCAACCAAAGACGCGUGUGCAUCAGUUUGGCCUUCAUUGGCGGCUCAAAAGUGGUCAUUUUAGAUGAGCCCACAUCUGGAGUGGAUCCGAUUGCCAGACGAUACAUUUGGGAUUUGAUUACCCGCUUCAAACACGGGCGUACCAUUCUCAUGACGACUCAUCAUCUGGACGAAGCGGAGAUCUUGUCGGACCGAAUUGCCAUUAUUCACAAGGGAGAGUUGAAGAUUGAUGGGUCGUUAAGUUCCCUCAAAAAGCAAUUUGGAGACGGUAUGCAUUUGACCAUUGCUUGGAAAGACCAUCCUACACUCAGAAGAACUCAAAACCAGCUGAUCUCCGUAUUGGAGACCAUGUUUCCCGAUGCCAUUAAUCUAUCCUCCAAGGAACCUAAUGAGCGUUUUUUCGUCCCGAAUUCCCACCAUGUCGUGCCACCAAAGCUCCACAAGUUCAUGGCGAUCUUGGAGAAGCAAACCAAGCUAAACCACGUGGAGGAUUUCAAGGUGGAAGGCACAUCUUUGGAGGAUAUUUUCUUGCACCUCGUUACGGGAUCAGGAGAGCACAUGGACAACCAACUCAACGCUAGUCAUGCGCCAAUUACGAACCCAACCUUUCCAAGGAGGUCUGGCAUAUCGUCGGCGUUCCUCUCUUCUGGAGGACCCAGCCAUUACGACCUUCGCACAGGAUGGCCUUUAGUGUUGGGCCAAGUACGUGGCUUGUUGUACAAACGCUUCAAACAUUCCACACGGGAUUGGCGGUUCCUGAUGAGCUCCCUCGGCUUGCCCACUCUGUUAAUGAUUUUGACCAUGUUUUUGGCGCUCUUAAGGCCAACCAGUGAGAGUCCACCGCUUCUGUUGACGCCUUCGGUUUUCGGAGAAAACACAAACUCGUUUGUCAGCUUUUCGGAAGAGUCCGAUUUGAAUAACAUCCUGGGCUCUUUAAUCUCUGAUCCCGGUAUUGGCACAACUUGUAUGAAAGAUGUUCCAGAUCUGGGAUUUUGGACUCCUUGCCAAACAAACGCUGGCGAAACCAAUUUUACCACGGAAUACGGCGGCCCUGGGUCCAAAUUGGAACAAUGUUCCUGCCCAUCAACGUACGAAUGGACUUGCCGAAGGGAACCCAACUCCUCCUUAUCCAGACCACCUCGCAUGAUAAUGAACACGACCGAUGUUAUUUUUGAUCUGACCCAUCAACCUAGUCCCAACCACUGGAUAUUGAAUUCCCACACUCAAUUCAUUGACAAAAGAUUUGGCGGAUGGUCCAUUGGAGAGCCGAGUCCAUCGUCUGAGGUAAUUGGAGGUACCACCGAAAACCUCAUUGUUUGGUACAAUAAUAAAGGAAAACAUGCGGUACCUUCAUAUUUGAAUGCCAUUCACAAUGCCAUGCUCAGAGCGACGGUGACUGAAGGGGGCCAGGAUCCCGCCCAAUACGGGAUCACAACAUACAACCAGCCCAUCUCCCUCAACGCCCAACAAGCCACAACGACAACAAUCAUCCAAUCCGUGGCCGACUUCGGGAUUGCCCUGAUGAUGCUGACAGCGUUUUCAUUCGUUCCGUCUAGUUUCGUUUCGUACGCGGUCACUGAGCGCACCCAAAGAGAGAAACAAGUUCAAUUUGUGGCUGGAGUCGCGCCUCUGACGUAUUGGUGCGCCACGUUCAUUUGGAAUUUAGGGGUCAUUCUGGUCUAUACUAUAUUGACGGGCAUCAUCCUUCAGAUCUUUGGGAUAGGAUCCUACACAGCCAAAUCGAAUUUCUCCGCCGUUCUUGUCUUGAUGUUCUUCUUCUUGACGGCCUCCACUAGUCUGGUGUGUUGUGUGGAGAAAUGGUUUUCCGAGCCCAGUUUGGGUCAAUUAACCUUGCUGUGCUCCAACAUACUCUUGGGGAUCCUGCUUCUCCUGAUCAUCAUUCUUCUGGACAUGUUCUAUGCGAUUAAGUCUGCAGUGACGAUUCGCCGGGUGUUGAACGUGAUCUUCAAAUUCGUGCCAGCUUACGCCUUGGGCGGAGGAUUGCUCUCUAUGGCCUCCAACUACAUCACCAGUGAGCUCUUGGAAUCUGCCAUGUACAACUCCGAUGGGUACAAAUCUCCGUUUUCGUUUGAUGUCAUUGGACUGAACAUCUUAAUCUUGUGUCUGGAAACAUUCUUCUUCUUCGGCCUUAAUCUGGUAGUGGAGUACAAACUCUUGGCCGGUUGGUGGACUUCCCCUGUUCCCCAAGAGGAUUUGGAAAUGACCCAUGAGGAUAGUGACGUCAAAAUGGAACGACAUCGAGUGGAGAGUCAAGUUGGAACAGGAGGGGAUCAUUCCUCCUUGGGUUUGCCACGUGUUCGACCUGAUCUCUUGAGAAUCACGCACUUAUCGAAGGCAUUUGGUAGUGCGAAUCAAACCAAGUUAGCUGUGAACAAUGUGUCCGUGGGAAUCAAGUAUGGAGAGUGUUUUGGCUGGAUCGGAUUGAAUGGCGCUGGAAAAAGUACCACCUUCAAGGUGUUGACUGGCGAAUUGCAACCAAGCUCUGGAGAGUAUCAGAUGAACCCACCAAAUACACUCAGAGGAUAUUGUCCACAAGAAAACGCUUUAGACCCGCUUUUGACCGUGCGAGAAACACUCCAAGUGUAUUGUCAAGUCAGGGGACUUCGCUCCAGAGACUCAAAAAGGAGUAUCGACCAAUUCAUCUUUGAUUUGGCCUUAGAAACGCACGAAAAUUCAUUGUGCAAAGAUUUGAGUGGGGGCACAAAGCGGAAAGUGUGUGCAGCCGUGGCAUUUCUGGGACAACCCAAGCUCAUCUUAAUGGAUGAACCUACUAGCGGAAUGGACGCUGUCAUCAAAAGGCAAGUUUGGAAAACCAUUCAAAGACUAGUGGCACGAGGAACCACUGUAAUAUUAACGACCCAUUCCAUGGAAGAAUGUGAACAACUCUGCAACAGAUUAUCCAUCAUGGCCGAAGGACAAUUAAAAUGUAUUGGAUCGCCAGACCAUGUCAAGAACAAAUUUGGUCAAGGAUUUAAGGUCCAAAUGUCUUUUGAAUCAAUUUCGAACGUUGAGCGGGCCCUGUCGGUAGUGCGUUCCCAGUUCCAGGGGAUAACAAACGUGUCCCAACAUUACACGAACCUCAGCUUCAACAUCCAGAACAUGCCUCGAAGCAAGAUUUUCGCUUUCCUCGUCCCUCAACAAGAAAGACUCGGAAUCACCGACCUGAAUGUGGCUUCCACAACCUUGGAUGAGGUGUUUGUAAGCUUUGCAACAGGCCCCAAAGUUUAUGAGCCCAUUUACAAUACGGAAAUAACUGACCACACCGGCCAGGGUAUUGGAACACUUUGAUUGAACCACGGUGGCAGAACCUCAAAGUGACAUGAAACAAACGUGACUUCUUGAAUUGUACCUCCGUCAUUCACUUCAAAUCCAUGUUGAUGCUCAAUUG